AUGUCCGGAGCUAUCUUCACGCCUCUGGAGGGUCCGGGCGCCCUGGAUGGGACAAGCGGCCACCCCCUCGUGUGCCCGCUGUGCCACGCGCAGUAUGAGCGCCCAUGCCUGCUGGACUGCUUUCACGAGUUCUGCGCCGGCUGCCUGCGUGGCCGUGCUGCCGAUGGCCGCCUCGCUUGCCCUCUGUGCCAGCACCAGACGGUGGUGAAGGGCCCCAGCGGGCUCCCUCCAGUGGAUCGGCUGUUGCAGUUCCUGGUGGACAGCUCAGGGGAUGGCGCCGAGGUGGUGCGCUGUGCCAACUGCGACCUGGAGUGCGGCAAGCAGGACGCGGAGACCACAUACUUCUGCAACACUUGCGGGCAGCCGCUGUGCGCGCGCUGCCGCGACGAGACGCACCGGGCACGCAUGUUCGCGCGCCACGACAUCGUGGCCUUGGGCCAGCGCAGCCGCGACGUGCUCCAGAAGUGCACGCUGCACGCCGAGCCCUAUGUCCUGUUCUCCACCGACAAGAAGUCGCUGCUGUGCAUCCGCUGCUUCCGGGACAUGCAGGGGGAGAGCCGCGUCCACUGCGUGGACCUCGAGUCAGCUUACGUCCAGGGCUGCGAGCGGCUGCAGCAGGCGGUGCUGGAGGUGAAGGCCCUGCAAUCCGCCACGCGAGAGGCCAUCGAGCUGCUGCAGGCGAUGGUGGAGGAGGUGCGACGCAGCGCGGCAGAGGAGGAGGCCGCCAUCCAGGCCCUCUUCAGCAGCAUGCAGGACAAACUGUUAGAGAGGAAAGCGCUGCUGCUGCAGGCCGUGCAGAGCCAGUAUGAAGAGAAGGACAAGGCCUUCAAGGAGCAGCUCUCCCAUCUGGCCACUCUGCUGCCCACCCUGCAGGUUCACCUGGUCAUCUGCUCUUCCUUCCUCAGCUUGGCCAACAAGGCCGAGUUCCUGGACCUGGGCUACGAGCUGAUGGAGAGAUUGCAGGGCAUCGUCACGCGGCCACAUCGCCUGCGGCCGGCACAGAGCAGCAAGAUCGCCAGCGACCACCGCGCCGAGUUCGCGCGCUGCCUGGAGCCGCUACUGCUGCUGGGGCCACGCCGGGCGGCGGGUGCCGGGGGUGGCACCAGCACGCUCGCAGGGGGCCCGGGCCCCAAGGUGCUGAGGGGGCCCGGCUGCCCUUCCCCAGUGGGGAAGAUGUUGGGGUCACCAGUCCAAAAGCCCACACUGCACCGGUCCAUCAGCACCAAGGUGCUGCUGGCAGAGGGCGAGGACUCACCCUUCACCGAGCACUGCCGCCACUACGAGGACUCCUACCGGCGCCUGCAGACAGAGAUGCAGAACCUGAAGGACCAGGUACAGGAGCUGCACCGGGACCUCACCAAGCACCAUUCCCUCAUCAAAGCCGAGAUCAUGGGUGACAUCUUACACAAGGCCCUGCAGGUGGAUGCCCAGAUCGCCUCGGAGUAUGCUUCCGUGGAGGGCCUGAGAGCAGUCUUCCAGGAGAUUUGGGAGGACUCCUACCAGCGGGUGGCUAACGAACAGGAGAUAUAUGAAGCCCAGCUCCAUGACCUUCUCCAGCUGAAGCAGGAGAAUGCCUACCUGACCACCAUCACCAAGCAAAUCACACCCUACGUCCGCUCCAUUGCCAAGGUGAAGGAGCGACUGGAGCCCAGGUUUCAGGUCCCUGUGGAUGAACCAUCAGACCAUCCACAAAACAUGCAUGAUGAUGGCGUGAAUGCUGAGGCCCCGGCCAGGAGCGAUCCAGUAAGUGUCACAGAGAAGAAGGAGAAGAACUCAGAGCUGAGAAACAGCCGAGCUCUGGGCAGCCUUGCAGAGGAGCCUCCACUGAAAAACAAAGACACACACAGACCCAAAUCAAAAAACGGGGCUGAUGUCUCCACCUGGAGGGAACGCCCAGCUUAGCCUGGGACCAGUUCCAGGGUCAGGCACUUUGCAACAAGCCAAUCAAGGUCAGGACAGUUAAGAAGACAGUUCCUGUUAUUUUUUUAUAAUUUGUAAUCAUUUAUCAUCAGUAAAACCCAGACACUCCAGCAGGUCCCCAUUUCAGGUUCUCUGACAGGCUAGACUUCUCAUGGCUCAGAGUCCUGACCCUUAUCACAGUGGCUCCAGGAGGCAUCCCAGUUCAUCCCGCACCUCCCUGUGUACUGGGGGCUGUGAGCUCCCACCAAGGUGCACCCUCUGAAUUUCAUGAACGAGCCUCUUGGACUACUCUGCCUCAGAGGAAGCCUGUUCCUUCUGAACCACGGCCCCGCUGUUAGCUGGAAAGUUAUCCUAGUGCUCAUCACUAGGAUCAUCGUGAUCCUAGUGCUGACUCAGCCAAGGGGAAAAACCUUCGCUCCAGCUUUUCUCACUGUGGGGCCCGGGCUGAGCUCAUAAAGUGAAGAAAGACCACCUCCGUACCCACAUACCCACGACUGUCCCCACCUGCUGUCACUCUCGUGUGUGCACGUUAAACCAUGAUUCACCUGCAACUUUGUUCCAGUGGUUUUUCAUUCUUACCCAGUAGCCUUUUUUUCAAGUGGAACUUAAACAGAACACUUAAAACGUGCAAAUUAACCUGCAAGACCCUAAUGCUGGGAAAGAUUGAGGACAGGAGAAUGGGGCGACAGAGGAGGAGAUGGUUGGAUGGCAUCACUGACUCAAUGAACACGAGUUUGAAUAAGUUCCAGGAGAUAGUGAAGGACCGAUAAGCCUGGCAUGCUGCAGUCCACAGGGUCACAGGGUCCGACACAGCUAAGCCACUGAACAACGAUCUGCAUGACCUAACAUUCAAAGUUCUGGAGGCAAAAUGAUGCCGAGAGUCACAUCUUAAACAAAUACCAGCUUGAUUUAGUGAUUCAGGUGGCUUUCAUGUGCUAGGUGGGCCUGCAGGUCCCACUGGUCCACUGGUCACAUCAGCACCCAAGGCCUGCACACCUGCUGUGUGCUCCCAGGUCCCAUCCCAAAGCCAUCACAGACCUCCCCGGUUGGGGGAGGGAGGGGCGGACCUCCACAGUGGUGAGGGGGUGUGGGCAGGAGGAACACAAGCUUAGAGGAAGGAAUUCAGAACUUGAAGGGAGGAGGCAGACACGUCUGGCUUUAUGCUGUAGGUUCUGGACAUUUCUUAACUGGAAGUAACAAGACCUUAAGAGUUUCUGAAUCCCACACAGUCACACUGUUGUUCAUAGCGAAAUCAAGUACAGUUUUAUUUAAGAAUUGGAAACCAUCAGUAUCUGUGAAAGAAAAUCCAAUAUUUAAAUAAACAUUUCUGCAUGUAAAAA